CUGACCACAAACUAAAGACUCUUUUGAUUGGAUUAUGUCAAAGUUACCGGAAAGGAGAAAUGGUAAGCCCUAACUGCUGCAAACAACUUCACUAUGGCGGAGGUCAGAAUGAUGUGGAGGAAGACAUACCGAAUUCUCAAACCAGGAUACUCUCAUUCAUUCUUGGACUCAGUUUGUAAAAGUAGACACAGAAAUGCUAGGCCUCAAGAUGCCUUGUCAGGUAUAGCUACGUUGAAGGAAACCGACAAGAUAGCUCGUUCGUUAGCUCGGAGAUCUAAUGUUAGCAGUCAGUCACUCUUACCCACCACUGCCCAAGAACAUCGAACUGGUCCUAAAAUAAUGUCUCCUUGCACGAAUGCAUAUGGAUCGCAUGUGACAUGGAAACAGUUAGACAUAUGUGUAGAACACGUAGGGAUGUGCUUAGCCUGGAAGGGCAAAACACUGCCAUGUGACCAGACCGCAACAAGAACCUUCUGCCUCAGACCACACGAACUGAAUGGAGUGAACAUUUGGUGGAAUAUUGGACGUUCUGCAACCAUAAAUCCAAAGAUUCUCCGAACUAGGAGAGACCAGAUCAGAUCAUUUUGCACGAUGAGAUACGGCACCGGAAGAAAAGGAUUUACUAGUUCGUCAGUGGUCAGGAAAGGCUUCAGCAGCAAUGGUUUUUACGACACACCUCUGUUCAAAAGCAAAUCAGCAUAUUACGAAAUUCUCCAGGUGGCAUCUACCGCAACGCAGGCCCAGAUUAAGACUGCAUAUUAUAAACAGUCUUUCAUCUACCACCCUGAUAAAAACGCUGGAAGUGAAGCAGCAUCCCGUCGAUUUUCCGAAACCGAGGCAUACAAUGUGUUGGGCAACAAAAGUCUACGGAAGAAAUAUGACCGAGGUAUCUUAACACAGACGGACCUGCAGGGGGCCAGGAGGCCCUCUCCCAAGGAAUCGGGUAGCGGCGCGGGCCAGCAGACGAAAUCCCGCAGCUCCUCUGUUGUUGGUAUAGACAGUAAAAAGGUGUUUGAUUUUGAUAAUUUCAUUAACUCACACUAUGGCGAGCAGCUCAAACGAGACAGAGACUUUCGAACACGCCAAGAGGAGAUGCAACGAAAGAAAGAACAGGGCAACUUCUCCAAAGACUCAUUAUUUGUGCAGAGUGGGGAAUGUGGUCUAGCCCGGUUUCACCAGACUCUCUUUGUGAAGAGACUACUCUCAACAGGGGAAUGUUUCCAACCCUAGCAUCGUAAUGUGUGUAGAGUAUGACUAGAUUCCUAAAGUUACUUCCUACUACUGGGCAUUGUCUUAAACCAUAUUCUGCAUUUGUGCAUCAAAAAGAAACUUCUUUUUACUUUCUUUUUGGAAAAGGUGAAAUUGAUUUAAGUGAAUUUGGUUUAUUGCACUGACUGUUAGGUAAAAAAAUUACUAGUGUCAUUGGGAAA